AUGGAUGUUAAACUUAAUGUAUCUCAACGUAGAAUGUAUCAAGAAGGAACGAUGCUUUCUUGGCAAAACUUAUCUAUUUAUGCGAUGGACCAGAACCGACGCACUAUAAGCAAACAGCUCAUCAACAACGUUCGAGGUGUGGUACGGCCUGGUGAACUUACUGCGAUCUUAGGCAGCAGCGGUGCUGGAAAAAGCUCGCUGAUGACAGCAUUGGCAUUUCGCGCAGAAUCCGGCGUUGUGGUGCAUGGCGAUGUUCGCAUCAAUGGCAUACCAGCCGACUCUUCAUAUAUGAGACGUCAUAGUGGCUUUAUGCAUCAGGAAGACAUGUUUAUCGAGACGAUGACGGUACUCGAGCACAUUUGGUUUAUGGCCAGAAUGAAAUUAGACGGGAGAAUUCAUUCCUCGGACAUUCGUCUCAGGAUCAAUCGUUUGCUGAGAGACGUCGGUCUGAUUGAUAGAUCUGAUACUCGCAUCGGUGACGGUAACAAUGGUAAGAUUCUGUCAGGUGGAGAAAAGAAAAGACUUGCCUUCGCCACUGAGCUAUUGACGGACCCCGAAAUACUGUUCUUAGACGAGCCAACAACCGGAUUGGACGCACAUUCGGCUAGUAUCCUCGUAUCGCACAUGAUCUCUUUCGCAUUGCGUAAUCGCACGGUUUUGUGCACUAUACACCAACCAAGUUCCACUAUCUUCGAUAGCUUCCAUCGUAUAAUCUUUUUAGCUGACGGUAGAGUGGCAUUUGCUGGUACCAGUACGCAAGCAAUACAAUUUUUCUCCAGUCAAGGUUACGAGUGUCCAUGCAAUUAUAAUCCGGCCGAUUUCCUGAUGGCGACUCUAGCAAUCGCACCCAGCGGUUCGGACGGUAGCGGAAAAAUUGCACAAAAGAUUUGCGACGCAUUUCUCACGAGCGAAGCAUGCAACGAGAUCGAUGUUAUAUUACAACGGGAAUUCGAUACUGCUUGUUUGCAGCGUCACACCGGAGAAAAUAGUCGCGAAACGCGAGCUUUCGUAGAACUACGUUGCUGGUUGCGGCUCUACUGGCUAAUCUAUCGUGGAUUCUUGCAAGUUCUGCGGGAUCCAUCAGUGCAAUUGAUCAGGAUACUGCAGAAAAUGAGCAUCGCAACGACUGCCGGUUUGUGUUUCGUAGGAGUCGUCCACCUUGACCAAUUAGGAAUUCAGGCUGUAGACGGUGUUAUUUAUCUCCUAGUAUGUGAAAACGCAUUCUUCCCUAUGUACACUACUUUGGCGUUAAUCCCGCAAGAAUUACCGCUUCUUCUUCGAGAGUACAAGGCGGGCAUGUAUUCCGUUCAUCUUUACUAUUUGGCACGAAUGAUAUCGCUGAUACCUGGACUGCUGAUGGAACCAAUUAUGUUCACCGUAAUAAUGUAUUGGUUGGCUGGUUUACGUCCCGCAAUGGACGCUCUUAGCCUGACCAUUUUGGUAGUUAUAUUUACGAUAAACGUGUCUACCGCUUGCGGAUGUUUUUUCUCUGCCGUUUACCAGAGCGUACCGUUGGCAAUGGCGUAUCUGGUGCCCUUCGAUUACAUUCUUAUGAUAACUAUGGGGCCUUUCAUCAAGCUUAGUUCACUACCUGUAUACAUACAAUGGAUAAGAUACUUCUCUUGGCUACUACACUCCACGGAAGCUCUCACUAUUAUCCAAUGGAAAGGCGUACAUAAUAUAUCUUGCGAAACAACCGAGCUACCCUGCCUCACUGAGGGCGCCGAGGUGUUGGAUCGCUACGACUUCAACGAGCGCAAUUUCUGGCCUAAUAUUAUCCUCAUGGCUAUCAUUUACGCCGUCUUCCAUUUGUUGGCAUACGUCUUUCUAUGGAGGCGAUGCAAAUCGAAAUAA